CACGCGCUUAAUAGCUUUCUGGAAGUAAGUGUACCAUUAUCCUUGGUAAACAAUGCUUCGUUCUGGACACUUCCCAGUAAUUCAGAAAAGCAAGAUGAGCUAUACGAUCAGUUUAAAAUAAUCGGCAGCCGUGGCAUACAAUGUGAAUCCGAAGCAAUGGACAAUGAUGGUAAUUUAUAUUGCAGUUUGAUUAGUUCAAGUGCGUUGAUCGCUUGGAAGGAGGACAGCGAUUACGAUUCAGAUAAUUUGAAGGUAGUCGCCUACAACCCAGAGAGGCUACGAUUCGUCACAGGAUUAAAGAUUAACCGAAAUAAUCUUGAGGAAGAUGAACUGUGGGCUUUGAGCAGUAAUCCUGAGCUUUUUGUUGGCGCAAAAGUACAGACCGACGAUAUAAAAUUCCAAAUAAUUGGUUGUCGUGUCAAAAAUUUGCUGGAGAAUGAGCCUUGCUCAGUGGUAAUAAAUCAUUUACGGAGAGCGUGAAUGGAAACUAAAAUAAUGUAACUCAGCGAAGAACAAAUUACUUUCUUACAUUUAAAUAAAUGAAGUGCUGAAAUACAUACUUGUGAAUAUUAUUUUUAAAACUAUG